GGUCAUCCGCGAAGAGCAUGGUUGUAGGGAGCUUGAUGGUUCUACAUACCUGGUCUGGUUCCGCUACUAAUCUGGCUAUCGAGGGGUCCUUCCUUAAGAAGGAAGCUAUUGCUUCUAUGAUAAAGAGAAAGAUAGGGGCCGCAAGAGGAUUGCCUUGUCGAACAGAGCUUGACAUUCUAUACCUUUCUGACAGGUGUCCGAUUCUGUGCGAAAAAGUGGAUGCUCUUGAAAUUGACAGGGAUGAACUGGUUUUUACAAAUGCAAAGCUCAAAGCAGACUUAGGCGCAAUGACAAAAGCACGCGACCUUCAGUCCAAUCACGCAGCGCUGCUUCUGAAGGAGAAAAACAGGCUUGUUGAUCAAUUGGCAAUUCUCAAGAAAGAGAUGAAGAACAGCGGGUUUGAUGACAGGAAGAACAUCCGUCUGACUGGCAGCCGAUCGCGGCGAGGGCAUUCGCUACCUCUCCCAGAGCGGUCGGAGAAUGUGUUGGAGCCGCGACCAAGUGAAAAUCUCAUCACAAAUAGCCAACCGCCGUCAUUUGCAGCAAAUAGGAAAGGAACGCACUGGGCGUGUGUCGUUGUAUCUUCAGACGGUCUGGCGGCACCAUCAUUUCGUUCCUUACCCCCACCGACCUCAAGCAGUCCAGUGAAACCCUUUGGUAGAUCCAUGUCAACAACUGAGGGGGCGUCGAUGAAGCAUCACAGAGCGUUUAUGUCAUUAUCAUCGUCGUCGACAUCGUCCCUGUCAUUUUCUGAGGAAGAUGAACAGGAGGAGGAGACAGAGCGAAGGAGUAGUGGGGAGCGUCUUAGCGCUGGCUUCACUGAAGAUGUAUCCGACUGCUCAUUGACAUCUUCUUUCGUGGCCCCCAAUCAAUUGCGGAAGGCUCUUCUGAAGCUCAAAGAAGAAAGAGAGGCUUUGCUGCAGCAAGUUCACCAUCUCCAAAAGGAAAACGCUCAGCUCACGGUGCGCUUCAGAGGGGCAGCAGAUGCACGAAAACGCGUCGAAGGAUUUUGCAAGAGACUUCAAUUGCAGGCUGCCUACAUCCCUAGAUGAGUAGUAGCCUCUGGAGGGAAGUCGGUGCAGCGGGGUCCUGUCCUUAGUGUCCCUUGUGUAGGGUGCACUGGAGGGACCAGUACUACAAACCUGUCCAGUGAUUCGCAUGGCGCUUCAGUCUGUGCGGUAUGUGGUGGGCUUUUACGAUUUUCGCGAAGCCCAGGGAGGGGGGCCGGAGGUUGAUGAGGGCAGUGCCUUUAUUUAACCAUUAUUCCCUGAUGUCAAUUUCCGAUGCAGCAAAUUACAUUCUGUAAUGAUGAUAUCUCUAUAUGUUCUCCAAUUUUUCCUCCAAUCAUCACAGUUGAAGCUGACAGGCUGAAGACUUCAAUCUACGACUCCCACAGUUAGCGACUGAGAGUUCGAACACCGUUGCUUCAUUCUAGAUAGCAACGAGAGCAGUAGUGGGAGUGGGUUCUCUACCACAGUUUGAACUCUCUACCCCACUACCGCGGGCCUCUAUCGCAGGCCUUCCUAAAUAGUAAUAACAGCUGUGAGCAGCAGUCAAGCGGGAUUGGUAUGCAAAGUUCUAAUAGCCUUACAAGCUACCAUCCCGUAUUAUAUUGUUUUGGUCAUAAUUUGUACGAGUAGGUAGGGUCGAUGGAAUGUAUGUUCAUCCUCUGCCUGCUCCUACAUGUGUCGGCUUUGAGGCACCCAUGCUGCGGUUAUCGCGCCAAAGACAUACUGCACAAGGGUGUAUGAAUGCUGGUUCUGCUUGCUCGUCUGCAGCUGCUACUUCCAAGGCAUGAUGCGGUCUACGUCUACAAUGACUCUUGUUGUGAUUAUUGAACUCGUCCGUGCGUGUCCGAUUGCCGAGGGAUCAUUGUUGUUGUGUCUCCGACAGACCCGUCUGUUCGAUGGAAUGCGUCAAGAUUAGCUCACAGGUAAGGGUUCUGAAUUUCUGAGACUCCAAGUGAGGAGAGCACCAUGCACCCCCCUCACGGUUCGGCUUUGGAGUUCAUCAACUUCACGAUGGUGACUUCUUUCUGACUAAGGUGUGUUAUCAAUUCAUGGUAUUCCCCCGGUCAUCUCAUGAUGCUUCGCUGGUGCUGUGCUGGUGGUGUCCAUGGCAUGGAAAGGGAACUCGGCAGGAAUGCGUCUGUUGCGAUCGAUAGGCUGCAUGAACUCAUGACUGGGGUUUAAACUGAUGACCUGGGUUUGAAAUGAAGCGCAUGUGUCCAAGUUUUUGGUGCUUCCGCCUAUCACUAACACUCAUGCAGGGGAUAUUUUUGCUGUGUUUACUCAGCGCCUGACCUCAUGUCAGGCACGGACUGUUUCUCGGGUAUUGAGAGAGAGGUAUUGAGUGAGAGGUGUGGAGUGAGGUAUGGAGUGAGGUGCUGAGCCUGGUGCAGCUUUGGGGAUCUCCGGCUUUGUGGUUAGGUGUAGAGGAGCUGAUGAUCACCGGGGAUUGGCAGGGAAAAGCAAUCUGAACUUAACUCUAUACCCAACUGCUUGGUCGGGCGGAAAGUAUACAUCAGGUUCACAAUAAGGUGCAGCUGUGCAGAUAUUACAGACCUUGCCGUCAGAGUAGCUCAGUACAGCGUAGUAAGGUGAAUAGCAACUGCAGGUAAGUCGUCUGUAGCUGACCUUUUACCAAAGUCUGUGGAAAGGUACAAGCUCAGGUACACAGUCAGGUACACAGUCAGGUACAGAGUCAGGUACAAGGUCAGGUACAGAGUCAGGUAUACAGUCAGGUACAGAGUCAAGUACCGAGUCAGGUACCAGUGGUGUGGGGGUAACAUACUCUGUGGUCAGGAACAGAGAAAUGACAGCGAAGUACCAUGUACCUGACUGCAUUUACCUGGCUCGGUACCUGACACUGUACCUGAAUCCAUACAUGAUUGUGUACUUGACUCUGCACCUGACUCUGAACCUGACUCUGAACCUGACACUACCUGAAGCCAUACCAACUCCGCAGCUUAGUACCUGACACUAUACCUGAAUCUGUACCAGGUUCUGCACCUGGCACGAUACCGGACUCGGUACCUGAGCCUAAUGCUGUUGUGCUUGGCCCAAUCUGUACCAGGUUCUGCACCUGGCACAAUACCAGACGCGGUACCUGAGCCUAAUGCUGUUGUGCUUGGCCCUGUCAAUUGGUCCAAAGGAGUCUGUACCUUACCUGUUACAACUGGCCAGGGUUAGUCAUGGUUAGUCCUUUACACCUGACUUUUUUGUUUUGGCUAUGGUUAGUCCUUGCCUUACAAGUUACAACUGACUAUAGUUAGUCAUGGUUACUAUUUUUUUGGCUAUGGUUAGUCCUUGCACUAUACCAUUCAAUGUACAGCUAUAUCCUUGUCUUCAUAGAUUCCUAUGGUGAAUCGCCAAGGCUCGCAUCUUAUUUCCGGGCUCCCAUUUUGUUGCCUCCUGUUGUUGUAAGGAGGCGUUCCGUCGACUUUUGAUCGUCUCCCCGUCUGUCGGGGCCUGUUCUCUGUAGUCUGUGCCGACGCAGGGUGCAGCUUUGCAUAUUCGCGACCAGCGUAAAGUUAAUCAUCACGCUCCUUUCGCUUCUCCCUGCCACGAAUGAGGGAGAAAGAGCCUGACUCUUUCAGGCACUGGGUUGUUGUUGUGUGUGUGUGGAAAGCGGAGGAGCCUGGCCUGUUGAGUUGGUUUCGAGGCGUACACUGCAGCUGCUGAACGAUGCUGAUCGGAUGGAGACUCACUUGUUCUCAUCUAUCUUAUGUUGUGUAGGGUGGUCCAUACAUAGGACUUCAUUCAUAAGCUGAUGAUGCUGAUGCUGAUGCUGAUGCUGAUGCUGAUGCUGAUGAUGGUGAUGAUGAUGAUGAUGAUGAUGAUGAUGAUGAUGAUGAUGGCAUCUGUGUAAUUUUGAGUAGAUGGGUUGAUAGAACUUGAUACACACUAAAGACGGUGUGGUGAGGGUAUUUUUGUUGCACACUAGUCCGCGAUCGGGCAUUUUCUCUCAACUUCAAACGCCGAGAGUCUCAACUUCAAACGCCGAGAGAGGUUCAAAGCGAUCCGACGUGUGUGGUUGCCCUGUGUGUUAGGACGGCCGACAGGUCCUGGUUAGAGAACUCUGGACCAUAGACUCGACCGCGUCUUGUUCUGUGUGAACCAAAUGGUUGCUUCGGCGUCCGGUUUUUCGUCCGUCUGUACGGAACAUGUGUGGGUGGUUGGUGCCGGACCAUUGCCAGCUGUCCCCUCCUUGCCCUCGUCAGCUUUUGUUCGAGUUAUCGAGAAUGCAGUGGGCCGAGUGCCACUGCGUU